AACACCAGCGCUUGUGUUUUUCUGGUCAAAUGAAAUCUUAAUGUAACGAAAAACCAGCAUUUUAAGGUUUUCUUCUUGUUCAGUGCAGCAUAAACCAGGUUUUCUCAUUCACUCCCUUUGUUUUGCUAACUAUAAUGUCUCCUCGUAUGUGUUUCUUCCUCCUCGUACUUAACAAAACUCUUGUACUUCUAAGUUCAGUCUCAGCAACUGAAUUUGUGUAUAACAGAAACUUCAACUCCACCAACUUGAAGCUCUAUGGGAAUGCCACCAUCCAAAACUCAGUUCUUACUCUCACAAACGAAACCUUUUUCUCCAUUGGUCGUGCCUUUUACCCUUACAGAAUACCUGUGAAACCGCCAAACUCUUCAAACCCUCUUCCCUUUGCAACCUCUUUCAUCUUCUCCAUUGCUCCUUGUAAGAAUUUCCUUGUUGCUCAUGGUUUUGCUUUCAUGUUCUCGCCUCUGAUGGCCAUAAAUGGAGCACUCACGGGGAAUUAUUUGGGCCUUUUUAACCGCUCCACUUCAGGUAAUUCUUCCAACCAUGUUUUUGCUGUUGAGUUUGAUGAUUUUAGAAAUGAGGAGUUCAAUGAACAAAAUGAUAAUCAUGUGGGGGUUGACUUGAAUUCAAUGAUUUCUACUUAUUCGGAGCCUGCUGGUUUCUGGGGUGGAAGAGAUGGUGAAGAAAUGGAGAACUUGAAGCUGGCUAAUGGUGAAAACUAUCAAGUUUGGAUAGAGUUUGAGAAUUCACAUCUUAAUGUUUCUAUGGCCCCAGCAGGGAAAAGGAAGCCUCAAAGGCCUUUGAUUAGUAAGCCUAUUAACCUUUCUGGGGUUUUGUUGGAUGAAAUGUAUGUGGGAUUUUCUGGAUCAACAGGGAGAAUGGUGGACGUUUGUAGAAUUCUUGCUUGGAGUUUUAGCCAUUCAAACUUUUCAAUUGGUGAUGCUCUGCAGACCAAACAUUUGCCCUUGUAUGUGCAUCCAAAGGCAUUGAUGUUUAGAUCAAAGGGUUUCAUUUUCGGUGUCAUUUUUGGUGCGGUGUGUUUCAUUGGUUGCUGCAUUUUGGUGUUUUGCAGUUUGUCCAGAACCAGAAGGGAAGAGAAAGAGGAAAAAACUGAAGAUUGGGAAUUGGAGUAUUGGCCACAUAGGAUUAACUAUCAGGAGAUUUGUGCUGCAACAAGCGGAUUCUCUGAGGAGAAAGUGAUUGGGAUUGGAACAAGUGGGAAAGUAUAUAAAGGGAUUUUGAAAGGAGUAGAAGAAGUUGCAGUGAAGAGAAUCAAUCAUGACACUAAGCAUGGAAUGAGAGAGUUUCUGGCAGAGAUUUCAAGCCUAGGCAGAAUGAAACACAGAAAUUUAGUGGGUUUCAGAGGUUGGAGUAAAAGCAAAGGAGGAAAAUUGAUACUUGUUUAUGAUUACAUGGAGAAUGGGAGCUUGGACAAAAGGAUCUUUGAGUGUGAAGAGACCAUGCUGCUGAGCUGGGAAGAAAGAAUUAAAGUUCUACAAAACGUGGCUUGUGGAAUUUUAUAUCUACAUGAGGGUUGGGAAUUUGAGGUCUUACAUAGAGACAUCAAAGCAGGUAAUGUACUACUUGACAAGGAUAUGAAUGCCAGAUUGGGAGAUUUUGGGCUUGCAAGGUUGCAUCACCAGGAACAUGUGGUUGACACAACAAGAGUAAUAGGGACUUUGGGGUACAUGGCACCAGAACUAGUCCGAGUUGGGAGACCAUCAACUGCAACUGAUGUGUAUAGUUUUGGAAUAUUGGUUUUAGAAGUUGUAUGUGGGAGAAGACCCAUUGUAACAGAUAAGCCACCAUUGGUUGACUUGGUAUUUUCCCUUAUGGAGAGAAGGGAAUUGAGUUGUGCCAUUGAUGAGCGUUUGAAGGCUCAAAGUGGUUAUUAUAAUAACACUGAGGAAGCUAAGAGACUGCUUCAUUUGGGUAUGUUAUGUGCAAGUUUAGACCCUUGUGUUAGGCCAACAAUGAGGCAGGUAGUGAAAGCUUUGGAGGAAAUAAAAUGCAAUGAGUGUAACGAAGACUGCAUUCAUAUGGGUCUGCUUGGAAAAAUAAACUCAGCAGCAUCGUGGUCUAGGAGUUCUCCAAAUUCUGCCCAUGUAAAUUAUCUUACUUUUGAUGAGAUUUUGCAGACCAAAUUUUAUUCUACGGCAUCUUUAAGCAUCUCUUGUCCCAGCCCACAGCCAGAGCCAGAUUUUGUUUCAGAAGGAAGGUGAGAAUUGAAAUUGAUUCAAUCAUUAUGUUACUAUUCAGAUUUCAGAGAGCCUCGGAUGCUGUUGUCACGUGGCAAAGAUUUUUCAUUUGUAAAGUGCAAGCAUUUGCAUAUAAAUUUGGGGUGCUUAUUUUCCCUUUUUCGGUGCCAUACAAAAAUUCAAAUUUCUUUCUUAAAUACUUAUGUUCAGAGUUCUUUCUUGAGAUAAAUCUAAAUGCAACAUAGACACAGGUUUUGUAAAAUUUUAAUGAUAUUGUUCUUGUCAGUUAGCUGGUCCAAGAAUGGAGGCCAAUACCAUAAGCUCAUAAGGCUCCUGCUAUACCAGCGCUGUUGUGACAGAACUGCCAUGACAGCACUAAUAUGCCAGUGUUAACAUAUCAGGAGUGAAAUUUUAGUGCACCCGGUGCACAAUAGAUUCGAUGGGGCGAACCAAUGAGAAGCCGAUAUUUUAAUCCAAUUGUCAUGCUUUUAAUGGAAGGUCCACCAUGCACCCGGUGCAUAUUAAAUAUUUCCACAUAUCAGAUAUCUCAACGUAAGACACACAAAGUCCUACGUUGGGACAUC